GCCGCCGCUUCCUCCCGCCAACCCUCCCCGCCGGCCGGCCGGGGCGCACGCAGCCGCCGGGCCCUGGGGAGCGAGUCUCCACGCCGCCCGGGACCUGGAGCCGGGAGGGCCGCGCCGCCGCCUCCUUCCGCCGGCCAUGCAUUCUUCCGGCUCCCGCAGCCCGGGCUGGGCCCCGGCCUGCCCGAGGCUGCCGCGAGGGGACUAGGGCGCCCGCGUGCCCGCUCGUGCCGUGCCUCGGGCCGCCUGGGCCGCCGCAGCCGCGUCCAUGACCGCGACCCCCGGGCCAGGGACUCCCGCCGCCGCCGCCGGCCCUCGGCCGUGUCGCCGCUCGCCGCUCGCGCCCACAGAGACAGGACAGACGCCAAUGUGAGAAUGGCUGUGACCGUGGAAGAAGCUCCUUGGCUGGGCUGGAUCGUCGCGAAAGCCCUGAUGAGAUUUGCCUUCAUGGUCGCCAACAACCUGGUUGCUAUUCCAUCCUAUAUCUGCUAUAUAAUUAUACUGCAGCCACUCCGAGUGCUGGACAGUAAGCGCUUCUGGUAUAUCGAAGGACUCAUGUACAAAUGGCUUUUAGGAAUGGUGGCUUCCUGGGGAUGGUAUGCUGGAUACACAGUGAUGGAAUGGGGGGAAGAUAUUAAAGCAAUCGCUAAAGAUGAAGCAGUGAUGUUGGUGAACCACCAGGCAACUGGAGAUGUGUGUACAUUGAUGAUGUGCCUACAGGACAAAGGACCGGUUGUUGCUCAGAUGAUGUGGCUGAUGGAUCAUAUUUUUAAGUAUACAAACUUUGGAAUUGUUUCUCUUAUUCAUGGAGACUUCUUCAUAAGGCAGGGAAGAGCCUACCGUGACCAACAGCUGCUGGUUCUCAAGAAGCACCUUGAACAAAAUUACAGGAGCAGAGAUCGAAAAUGGAUUGUUUUGUUUCCUGAAGGGGGCUUCCUCAGGAAGAGGAGAGAAACAAGCCAGGCAUUUGCCAAGAAAAAUAACUUGCCAUUUCUUACACAUGUCACUUUGCCAAGGUUUGGGGCAACAAACAUUAUUCUGAAGGCACUUGUAGCGCGACAGGAAAAUGGAAGCCCAGCAGGAGGAGACGCUAGAGGCUUAGAAUGCAAAUCAAGAGGCCUCCAGUGGAUAAUAGACACAACCAUAGCUUAUCCUAAAGCUGAGCCAAUAGACAUUCAAACCUGGAUCCUGGGGUACAGGAAGCCAACAGUCACUCAUGUCCAUUACAGGAUUUUCCCAAUUGGAGAUGUGCCCUUGGAGACUGAGGACCUCACCAGCUGGCUCUACCAGCGCUUUAUUGAAAAGGAGGACCUCCUCUCCCAUUUUUAUAAGACAGGAGCCUUUCCCCCUCUCCAGGGCCAGAAAGAAGCUGUUUCCAGAGAGAUGACCCUUAGCAACAUGUGGAUAUUCCUCAUCCAGUCCUUUGCGUUUUUGUCAGGCUAUCUGUGGUACCACGUCAUUCAGUAUUUUUACCAUUGUCUAUUUUAGGAAUUGACUUGGAUUUGCUACACAGGAGUUCAGACUUCUUCAUACAUGUGCAUUAUUUUACAUGUGCAAAUCAAAAUAUACAAAUCAAAAUAUAUAAAAAGAAAAGGAAAUUCAAUGGAUGGAUUAAUGUUUAUCCCCCUUUGGGAUAUUUUAAAACUCUACUACAAUGAGGAUCAGUAAUACAAUGAUGUGCUAAUAUAUUUAAGAACUUUUCAUGUUUUAAAGAGAUAUACUCUACCAUACAUUUCCGCAAGCAUCACACUGGGAGAAGAGGAGAUCAUAAAAUCAUCCUAGAAGACUCCAAGAGAAACUGUCGCCACCAGACGCUCUUAGUCAGCCCCUGUGACUUGCUUGUGACCUUUAGUUCAGGUUCAGAAGCUAUGCUCCUCUUUCCUAGGACAGAGCACCACAACAUCAAUGUGUCUGCCCUUCAUGCUGAGGUACUGGUAGCCUGGAGAGCUGGUGGGCACAUCACACCUGAGGAGUGGUCUCACCAUCCAGCAAGCCUGGCUAAGGUGCGGCGUUGGCAUUCUCUGUGGGGAGCAGUGUCCACCGUCCACCUGACAUCACUGUGUCCCCUGGAAGGCUAGCUCAGCCAGUACCAUGUUUACAUGUGCUAGUGCUUCCCCUUCAGGAGAGGGGGCACCACUUUCUCUUUUUGUAUAGAAGGCAUAUCAUAGAAUGAUAAUUGUAUUUUACAAAACGCACUUUUAUCAGAUGCGGAUAUAACAAAGGAUAGUAACCUGGCCUGAAGCGAAGGGAAGCCUCGUCCUCACGUGGGCAGGCUCCCAGGAGGCUGUCCUGUCUGCUCACCCGCCCGCCCGUGAUGCUCUGCUCCACCUUCACUGGCCACCUCCCUGAACCCACGCCCCUCCUGGUAGCUGGAUCCCUUCCCCCCAUUUUGAUAUUAUAGUACCAAAUGUAUUUGGGGGCAGUUAAAUCAAAUUAACAUAAAACAUUUAAAUGACCAGUUUCAGGGGAGUAGCUUAUUAGGAAAUAAGUGGUAGAACCAGACUUUGGCUUGCAAUACUGACAAGGCCUCUUGUGGACCCCAGGGUCUAUAUGUUCUGUUAUUAUGUCAAGCAGCUGCCCCUCUCAGGUAGCAGGACCAGGAGACAGCAGCUCAAAAACACUUCCCAAUCUCUUCCAGUUGUCUUCUAAGAGGGCAAAGUCAACCAAGUUUGUGUUAAUUGUAGAAAACUUUUUAAAGAUUUGUCAUUUUGUUGAUGUGAUUUACCUCACAGGAGAACCAGACUGUACAAAAAUGCAGGCUCUGUAUCAGUGUUGAGACAGAGGAUAGGUUUGGUCUAGGACAAUAAGACUCCUAAGCUUGAAAACAGUAAGUCAGCAGUAGUUUUCUGUGGCAUGAACGAACUCUGUAGAUUCCCCUAUUGUUACUAACAACACAAAUAACAAUUCUGAGAAACAGGUUGUAAAACAAAAGUAAAGACUAGUGUUUUCUGUUUUCAAAUGAAGAACCAAAAAAAGAGAAAAAGCAAAGAUGUGAAUUUUCCCAAGUUGUGCAGGAAAGGUUGAUCAACACCAAAUAAAAGCCCAUAGUGGCUUCUUCAUCUUUAGCAAACCCCAAGCAUGUACAGAAGAGAAAGGCGUUACCUGAAAUACCUCACUGGUGCCACACCACUGCUGGUAAACUGAAGAAGGCAUUUGGUUUGUUAGAGUUGUUAUGAAAACCUAAGCAUUUUACUCUGGUUUACAGGGACCGUGAGUAUGUGAAAGCAGUCUCAGACUAGAAAUGAAGCCAGAGAGAAGCUAUUGCUUUUAUUUGAGGCCCAGGAAAAAGCUAUUCAGUUUCAGGAUGAAUUGAAUUGAGACAUUAGUUGGCUGCCUGGGGGAAAGUUGCUCAUUGUCGAGUAUAGCAUGUAGUUCUAGCUAGCGUGGUGUGUGUGUGUGUGUGUGUGUGUGUGUGUGUGUGUGUGUGUGGUGUCUGUGUGUGUGACUGGCCCCCUCUUACCACUGCUGUGCUCCAGAGGAAUGUGACAGUUAAGUAUACUACACUUAAGUUCACUCUUCUAAGAUGUGCUACUUUCAAAUGCAGUUUUGUUCCACAGUCUAUAGACUUGUGAGCUGACUUCUGACAAUAGAGAUGAGCUGUAAAUGGAGUGUUUGGUCCGUCCCACACCUCUCCAGUUCAACAUGUCUUCUGUGUACAAAACAAUCAAGACAUGUUUGUUGAGAGUAUUGGUAGUGCUUCCUUAUCAUAGCUGGCAUCCACCUGCUUGUACUAAGGAAUUCAAAGCGAGAAUAGGUGUUCUUUCUGGCCGUCUCUGGAAGUCACACAAAGGAUACCACUGUAGAGAGCUGGAUAGAGCUCUCCAUUUGUACUUAGUGUGUAAAGUGGGAUGCAAGGGAGUCAUUGUGUUAAGUCACGGGGAAGGCACGCAGAGCCUUGCUGGUCCACACCAGCGUCCUUAGGGCUGCAGCUUUUUUGGCCCUCAGCUCAAUUGCCUGGCUUCCUACCUUGCACAGGCUGGGCGGCUCAGUGCCAGAGCCCUUGGACCACAGUUGGGACCAAGCAACAGCUCACUUCGCUUCAGAAAUGGCUGUGCGCCAUGACAGAAGUCUGUGAGCAGAGGAGGCAAGAGCGGAAUGAGACUUGAAGCGAUAAACAAGUUAGACGGCAUUUAAUAGGAGGUUGAAAAUGAUAGCUGUGGUUUCAGAUCUGCCAUGUGAUUAGUUCCUGGUAUUACAACCUUCAAUUUCCUACAGUAAGAAACUAGGGAAUGCUGAAAAGGUAAUCAAUUACAGGGUAGUUAAUCCAGUAUUAAGUCAUAGGAAGCCAAAAAUUCAGUUUUUUGUAGGAAAUUUUGAUUUUUUUACUCUGGACUUUUCCUUCUAGGGAUGCUUACUAUAAAAAUCGACUUUAGGUCUUUUCCUUACUAACUUUUGUCUGUGCAUUAUGACUGUAUUAAUGGGUAGUUAAGUUACGGUCAAGACAACCAGCAGGAGGAGAAAGCACCAAAGCCUGUGUGCGUAACCUGAGGGCUGGAAUUGUCCCAGAGGUUGAGGCCCUCAGGUGUGGCUGUAAUGUCGCUCUCAGUCACUGUUGGGAACACCUCACUCAUGGCCACUGUGGCUUCCCUCUCAUUCAUUUGUCUUAGUGAUGGAUUUUGACAAUCGGUACCUUAAAGAUUUGCUCAACUAGUUGUUCCUAGUUAUAAUCAGAGAAUAGUCUUUGAUCUAGGUAGUCUUCUGUAUCCUGUGUAUGUUUAAAAAGAAAAUGUCUGUUUGCAUUACCAAAUAGGAAGGGUUAGCUGGUCUUUUCUGUGUUUUUUGUUUUUUUCAUUUUUUUCUUUGAAGUCACUACACAAUAAUGAACACAGGAUAUCACUCCAAGGUUGUCAUUACAAAAAGUGUGUUCGGCUCUGGUCCACAAGGGAUGGAUGAUAGUGGUCUUUGGUGGGAUUUUUGCCUGCAAGUGCUCUAAGCCUUGUAUCUGUCAGCAGGCGUGAGGGAGUCUGGUAAGCACGGCGCAGCUCAAGAGGGCAGAGAGUAAUGUGUUUGGGACCAAAAGCACCUAAGUCGGGAAUUCUGGAUCACAAAAGAGCCUGGCACGCUCUGAAGCAGCCACUGGCUGGUGCUGGCUGGUGUCCUGUAAUUUCAAAGUGGGCUCUGAGAAUUUGCUACGGGCUCCCAGUUAAUGGGGGAGAAUGGAUAGAGUCACGUGAAAGAUGCACUCUGGAGUUUUCUGCAGAAAUUCCAUCUGAGGAUUUUUACAUUUAAUAUUUUUUUAAAACAAUCUAAAGAUCAAAAAAACUUUAUUUACAUGUAUUCUAGUUGCAAAGUACACAAAUGCUUUGGAUGGCUUUGUUUUUAUUGUGUAAAACUGUUGAACACAGCUGUGGUGCACAAAUCCUUUCCAUGUAAGGAGUCUAUGCAUUUUACAGUGACGUAUCUUACGAUGGGGUAAUGAGACAGUUACACAUUCACCUGCCGUUAUGUUUACUGCGUGCUCUCACUCUCUUUACAGCUAUUACAAGGUCAUAUCUAUUUCUGCAGAGGAUCUGUUUCCAUGACGCUGUAGUGUUCACUUGAGCUUGCUGAGCUUUCUUGGUGAUCUGCGUGUCACACUGUGUUCUACAGUGACACUGUAAAGGUUGUGGCAACUGUCAUUCUCUUUUGUAAAGGGCUGGUCACCUGUGGAUCUGGUUUCUGAAUGCAUCCUGGUUGAUUUUACCAGAUCACCUUUUCAGAAAUGUAGAUGUUGUAAACACCAAAAGAAGCAUUUUCUCAGCAAAAAUUAAUAGCUGGUUCUAUUUUUUUUUUUAAUGUAGAGAAAAAUAAAGUUGAUUUCUUUUUUUUCUGUUGUUUUUUUGUUUGUUUUGUUUUGUUUUGUUUUUGGAUUUUUUUUUUUUUCGAGACAGGGUUUCUCUGUAUAGUCCUGGCUGUCCUGGAACUCUCUCUGUAGACCAGGCUGGCCUUGAACUCAGAAAUCCGCCCGCCUCUGCCUCCCAGAGUGCUGGGAUUAUAGGCGUGUGCCACCACCGCCCAGCUUGAUUUCUUUUUUUUUCAAAAACAAUGCUUUUAAUUCUUCCUAGCAGGAUGGGAGUCUGUGGUGUGGAGCUCCUGGGCACUCACUGCUACUGCUGCAGCUCCACGCCCAAGGCUUGGCUGUGAGGAAACCCCCUACAGGCUUUCCUCUGGGGCUUACGAGGACUUGCCCCUCCCCUUCCUCCCGUCUUCUCAUCUGGUGUGAGCUCCUGGGAAAAAUCAUGUAAAUGCACAUCCAUGUGUAAUAUGUUUUUGCUGAUAACAUAUUUAAUGCAAUUAGCAAAUAAUAAAAUAUAAGUAUUUGAUCACAAUUAUUAUUACUGAACCUCAGAGCCAACCUGUGACAAUAUCAACCAUGAUUGAUAGCAUUAUACCCUGAUAAACUAACCAUCUCUAGAUAAACUCAGUCUACUAUAUGAUUUAUGUUAAACUCUUACCCUUGUACAGAACCUCCUUUUAGCUUCAGCAUUAAUUGGAAGUUUAGAUAAUUUAUUUUUAAUUCUAUUAAACCCUAGAAUUAAAUGACCAGCUCUUACAGACAAGCUGGAGUUGCCUUCAGCACGCCGCUGUCCUGGGCUUUUGUGUUUUGAUUUGUUUUAAUUACUAGUGCUGAAUAAAAUUCUCAGAAUUGAUUUACUCACUGGUCCAAGAAAACUCCUAUCAUUGGCCCUUGCAGGUUUUAAAGUGGAAAGGGACUGAGACCAGAAGGAGCAAGGGAGGGUUUGAUCCCGGAAGGCCUGAUGAAAUCAGACUUCCCAGGGAGCACAAGGCCGCAGCCGAGGUUCUCAAAGCUGAGUAAAUGUGUGCACAUAUCACUAAGAUUUUUUUUUUUUACAUUAAAAACACAGAUGGCUUAGUCGCUUGUUUGUAGAUUGACCCAUUGAAAACUUUUCAUGUAUUAAAAUAUCUUGCACAAUCCUACCAAAUGAGUUGAAUAGUUACAGUUGAGUCUACCUCUUCUUUUCCUGGCUGGAUUUAGGCUGCUGGUUGGGUGAGGCUGCAGUUUCAUUUCCCCUCUAAAGUACUUUAUGUGUGAAACAACAGAUUAAGGGCCUGAAUGCAGAUGUGAGGCUUUUUGGGAUAUGUUGCUGACCAGCCCUAUUCCCCAUGAGUUUGGGGAAAGCCAUUGUUUUUAAUGCCCACUUAAUAUGAAAAUGUUUGUUUUAAAAAAAUGUUUCUUGCUGGUGAAAAUGUAUUUUUAAAAGGAAAAACCAAAUCCUCUUUUGGUCUGAGAAGUCAGCUGUAUGAGCAGGUGUGACCGUAUCAUAACAUGCUGAUGUCAUAGAAAUCAAUAAAUUUUUACCUCUCAGGAA